AAAGAAUGGUUAAUCAUUAAUCAAACACAAAAAAUAGAAAACAUUUCAAUAAAAAAACCCACCAUGUCCCUCGACUCCGAAGACUCACCGUCUCCUUCCUUCGACAGGGACUGGUUCUUCCCUUCACCUUCUUUCAUCCACGAGUCGCCUCCUAAAUCUCCAAAAUCCCACCGCAGAUUCCCCACUACUCCCAAGCAUUUUCCUGAUUCCAUCCUCUCUAAAUCGCAGUCUUUUCGACCAUCCUCCUCUAUUCCCCCCCCAGCCACUUCUAAAUACGGCAUACUUCGCCGGCGCGUGGAAUUCCCUCGACCACUAAUUAAACCUUCAAAACAAGAACAACAUGAUUCCUUUUUGGACCGGAAACCCGUUGUUCCCAGUGAGAAGAAGCAGUCUACUGAGAAGGUUUCUUCCGGGCCAUCGGUUCAUCGGGUCAGAUUCAGAUGGGAUUUGACCAUCACAGUAGCUAUUGUUAUUACUGCUUUGGCUUCGUCGGUACACAAGAAUUUUACCUUACAUAACCAAGUAAUUGAUUUGCAGGAUCAAAUAUUGAAACUAAAUGUUACAUUGCGAGCGUGUAAUUCAUUCUCCAAUGUAGAUGCUUCUGAUUCAGUAAUGCAGGAGAUUGAUGAUUAUGAUUAUGGUGGUGAUAAUGGGUUAAAGAAUUUGGCUUUGAUUGUUUCACUUACGCUAUUGGCUAUUCCAGUUCUUGCUUUCAAGUACAUUGAUUUUGUAUCAACAUCGAGAUCGUCGGGUAAUAUCUGGGAAGCGGUGCUAUUGAAUAAGCAGCUUGCCUAUCGGGUGGAUGUUUUCUUAUCGGUUCGUCCAUAUGCGAAGCCUUUGGCGUUGUUAGUUGCGACACUGCUGGUUAUUUGUCUUGGUGGCUUGGCAAUGUUUGGUGUGACAAAUGAUAGUUUAGCGGAUUGUCUUUGGUUAUCUUGGACAUUUGUAGCUGAUUCGGGCAAUCAUGCUAAUUCAGAGGGGAUUGGUCCAAGGCUUGUUUCUGUUUCUAUUAGCUUUGGUGGGAUGCUUAUUUUUGCUAUGAUGCUUGGGCUUGUGUCUGACGCUAUUUCUGAGAAGUUCGAUUCGUUAAGGAAAGGAAGAAGCAAAGUGGUUGAGCAAAACCAUACUCUAAUUCUUGGGUGGAGUGAUAAAUUAGGAUCGCUGCUGAAUCAGCUCGCUAUAGCCAAUGAGAGUUUGGGGGGAGGAAUUGUUGUGGUGAUGGCUGAACGAGACAAAGAAGAGAUGGAAAUGGAUAUUGCUAAAAUGGAGUUCGACUUCAAAGGAACAUUUGUCAUAUGCAGAAGCGGGAGCCCUUUAAUUCUGGCUGACCUGAAAAAGGUAUCUGUCUCCAAGGCCCGUGCAAUAAUUGUCCUUGCUGAAGAUGGAAAUGCUGACCAGAGUGAUGCUCGUGCAUUGAGAACCGUCUUAAGUCUUAUAGGAGUGAAAGAAGGGCUGAAAGGGCACAUUGUCGUGGAGCUAAGUGAUCUUGACAAUGAGGUUCUUUUGAAACUUGUUGGUGGAGAUCUUGUUGAAACUGUUGUAGCUCAUGAUGUUAUUGGCCGCUUGAUGAUUCAAUGUGCUCGGCAGCCAGGACUUGCACAGAUCUGGGAAGACAUACUCGGGUUUGAAAAUUGUGAGUUUUAUAUCAAAAGAUGGCCACAGUUGCACGGCAUGCAAUUUGAGGACAUACUAAUCAGUUUUCCUGAUGCUAUACCUUGUGGGAUCAAGGUUGCUUCCUUUGGGGGUAAAAUUAUCCUGAAUCCUGAAGACUCAUAUGUUCUACAAGAAGGUGAUGAAGUCCUUGUCAUAGCAGAAGAUGAUGAUAGCUAUGCUCCAGCAGCAUUACCUACGGUCAAAGAAGCAUCAUUCAUGCACAUUGCCCAACCUGCAAGAAUGCCACAGAAGAUUCUACUUUGUGGAUGGAGGAGGGACAUUGAUGAUAUGAUUGUGGUGUUGGAUGCAUUUUUAGCACAAGGUUCAGAGCUCUGGAUGUUCAAUGAUGUUCCUGAAAAAGAGAGGGAAAGGAAGCUUAUUGAUGGUGGCCUGGACUUGAGUAGGUUGGAAAAUAUACAACUGGUUAAUCGAGAGGGAAAUACAGUCAUAAGACGUCAUUUAGAAAGCCUUCCUUUGCAAUCUUUUGAUUCGAUUUUAAUUUUGGCUGACGAGUCAGUUGAAGAUUCAGCCAUGCAAGCAGACUCCAGAUCUCUUGCCACAUUACUAUUGAUUCGUGAUAUUCAGUCGAAGCGUCUCCCAAUGUCAAACCAGGUUCACGGAGGAAGCUUCUCACAAGACACGUGGAUUGGGGAGAUGCAGCAGGCUUCAGAUAAAUCAGUAAUAAUAAGUGAAAUUCUGGACCCAAGAACUAAAAAUUUACUGUCCAUGUCAAAGAUCAGCGAUUAUGUUCUAUCAAAUGAGCUUGUCAGCAUGGCGUUGGCCAUGGUUGCAGAGGAUCAACAAAUAAAUGAUGUAUUAAAAGAGCUCUUCGCAGAGGAGGGAAAUGAGCUACAAAUAAGGCAAGCGGAUCUUUACCUUUUUGAAGGCGAGGAAUUGAGUUUCUAUGAAGUACUCAUACGAGCCAGACAGAGAAGAGAGAUUGUCAUUGGAUACCGUGUAUCUAAUGCUGAAAGAGCUGUUAUCAAUCCACCCGCCAAAAGUGAGAGAAGGAGGUGGUCAUUAAAAGAUGUUUUUGUGGUUAUUGCAGAGAAGGAAUGGGAAUGAGACAUUUUUGUUUUCACACACCCUGAACAGGAUAUAUUCUUUGAAAAAAAUCAGAUGGGCACCUAGGAAAACAGCAACAGCAAGUGUUCUGCAGUUUCUGCUGAGUCUGGCAAAAGAAGAAGAAAAAAAUACCGCAGAUGUACAUAUGUGCAACGGGAGAAUGUACAUUCACAUCUAGAAUAUUUCUUGUACAAAAGUUCAACCUCAGAAGUUUUGGAUUUUUGGCAAGGAUAGAGUUCCCGGUCAAUUGGUAAAGUCGAUUGCCAACUACUGUGAAAAUUCUAGUAGAUUUUUUCCCACAAUUUGCUUAUACUGCGAUGAGGCAGCAAGCAAUGAAACAACUCAUUGUUCUGAAUUAACAUGCUAGAGAGCCUAAGAGCUUUAUGUAAAAUGUUUAUAGUUGCGAACAGAAUCAUGUACUUGUAUUACAAACAACAUAUUUGGUUACGAAAGAGCUGUUCUGUUUCCCAGGACGUGAUUGCA